AUGUCGAACUACGGAUGUGCUCGUGGAAUUGCCACAUCGUGUGCGUGUGCUAGCACCGAACGUCCUGGCCCGGGCAACCUGAACCAUUACUCGCGCCUGAUCACGCAGCCGAAGGACCAGGGUGCGAGUCAGGCGAUGCUCUACGCGACCGAUGGCAUCACUAACGACGACGAUCUGAAGCGUGCCAUGGUCGGUGUUGCGAGCGUGUGGUACGAGGGCAACCCCUGCAAUGCCCACCUGCUCGGUGUUGGCCAGCGCAUCAAGGAGUCGGUCGACGCUGCGGGCCUGACUGGCUACCAGUUCGGCACCGUCGGUGUCUCGGACGGCAUUAGCAUGGGUACGAGCGCUAUGAGCUACUCGCUCCCCAGCCGUGACCUAAUUGCGGACAGCGUGGAGAGCUGCAUGGGCGGCCACUGGCUGGACGGCUGUGUUGUGGUGCCUGGCUGUGACAAGAACAUGCCCGGUGUGCUGAUGGCGCUCGGCCGCUUGAACCGCCCCGGUAUCAUGGUGUACGGUGGUACGAUCCGCCCCGGUGGAUGUGGCUCGAUCCCCGGCACGCUCGACAUUGUGAGUGCCUUCCAGAGCUACGGCCAGUACCUCUCGCAAGGUGGUACUCCCGACGCGGAGAAGCUGCGCUACGACACGGUGCGUAACUCGUGCCCGGGCCCCGGUGCAUGCGGUGGUAUGUACACCGCCAACACCAUGGCCUCGUGUGCUGAAGCGCUCGGUAUGACGCUGCCGGGUAGCAGUUCGUUCCCUGCCGAGUACCCCGAGAAGAAGAAGGAGUGCGAAGAGAUCGGCUCUGCGAUGCGCAACCUGCUCGAGAAAAACAUCCGCCCCCGCGAUAUUAUGACCAAGAGCGCAUUCGAGGACGCGAUGAUCCUGACCAUGGUUCUUGGUGGCUCGACCAACGCCGUGCUGCACCUGAUCGCCAUGGCCCACAGUGUCGGUGUAAAAGUGACGCUGGACGACUUCCAGCGCAUCAGUGACUCGACGCCCUUCCUUGCGGACCUCAAGCCUAGUGGCAAGUACGUCAUGGAGGACGUGCACAAGCUCUGCGGCGGUAUCCCCACGGUGAUCAACUACCUGAUCGAGCAGGGCAUGAUGAAGGGUGAGCACAUGACCGUGACGGGCCGCACGCUCCGUGAGAACUGUGAGCGGUGGGUUGCGGAGAAGGGCAAGCUCCCCGAGAGCCAGGACCUGCUGCGCCCCAUCAACAACCCGAUUAAGCCGACUGGUCACAUCCGCAUUCUCUACGGCAACCUCGCCCCCGGCGGUGCUGUCGCCAAGAUCACGGGCAAGGAGGGUCUUCACUUUACCGGCAAGGCGCGUGUCUUUGACACCGAGGACGACAUGGUCCACGCCGUGGAGAACGGUGAGAUCAAGAAGGGCGAGAAGACGGUGAUUAUCCUGCGCUACAAGGGCCCCAAGGGUGGCCCCGGUAUGCCCGAGAUGCUCAAGCCGACCUCACUCAUCAUGGGCGCAGGUCUCGGCCACGACGUUGCUUGCCUUACGGACGGCCGCUUCAGCGGUGGCUCGCACGGUUUCGUGAUUGGCCACGUCGUGCCGGAGGCGCAGGAGGGCGGUCCGAUCGGUCUCGUGGAAGACGGCGAUGUGAUUGUAAUCGACGCUGAGAACAACAAGAUGAACAUUGAGGGUGUUGACGAUGCUGAGCUCGAGCGCCGCCGUGCCCAGUGGGUGCCGCGCCCGCUCAAGCCGACGCAGGGUAGCCUGCUCAAGUACACCCGCCUUGUCGCCGACGCCAGCCACGGCUGCGUGACGGACUUGGCAUAA